ACAUCUUCAGUCGAGUUCCACUCGUGACAAGUCCAACUUGUGUUCAGAGAUCUUGUGAUUUCUUGUGUGUCUUACAUUCAAUUUGUUGAAAAACGUAACUUUGUGAUUAUCCCAUUAUGGAUUUCAAUUUUGAUACUGUGACUCCCUGUUCGACCAUGUCGUCCUACUAUAACUUUAAGAUGGCGAGUGGUGGGCGUGGAUUUGGGAUGUCCCAUUCUCUGCCAUCCGGAAUGGAUACAGAAUUUUCAUUUCCAAGUUCAUCGUCGCGUCGUGGUUACAAUGAUUUCCCCGGCUGCGGCGGCAGCGGCGGAAAUGGUGGGAGUGCCAACAAUUUAGGGGGCGGCAACAUGUGCCACCUGCCGCCGAUGGCCAGCAACAACUCGCUGAAUAAUCUCUGCGGAUUGUCGCUGGGCAGCGGUGGUAGUGAUGAUCUCAUGAACGAUCCUCGGGCAAGCAACACCAACCUGAUUGUCAACUACUUGCCCCAGGACAUGACCGAUCGCGAGCUGUACGCCCUAUUCAGAGCCAUUGGACCCAUCAACACGUGCAGAAUCAUGCGAGACUAUAAGACUGGCUACAGUUUUGGUUAUGCUUUCGUGGACUUCACAUCGGAAAUGGACUCGCAGCGUGCUAUUAAAGUGCUGAAUGGCAUCACAGUGCGCAACAAGCGGCUUAAGGUUUCCUAUGCACGUCCCGGCGGAGAAUCGAUCAAGGACACCAAUCUGUAUGUGACCAAUCUGCCGCGUACCAUAACCGACGAUCAGCUGGACACGAUCUUCGGCAAGUACGGUUCCAUUGUGCAGAAGAACAUCUUGCGUGACAAGCUCACAGGUCGUCCUCGUGGUGUGGCCUUUGUUCGGUACAACAAGCGUGAGGAGGCCCAGGAGGCCAUUUCGGCGCUGAACAACGUAAUACCCGAGGGCGGAUCACAGCCGCUGUCCGUCCGGUUGGCUGAGGAGCAUGGCAAGGCGAAGGCGGCCCACUUUAUGUCGCAGAUGGGCGUGGUUCCAGCAAAUGUACCACCGCCGCCACCACAACCGCCAGCACAUAUGGCCGCCGCAUUCAACAUGAUGCACAGAGACGGAGCUAUGGAAAAAUUACGCUCAUUAUUCGAUGCUAUAUGCGAUGCUAUCUUUGGUCUCGAUAGCGAAAACUUUGCCGAUUUGCUUGACGGAUUGUACCGUAGGAAGUACCAUUAUCCUUACUUAUAAUUGACACCGCAACAGCAGCAGCAACUACUACAACAUCAGCAGCAGGCGUUGGGCUUCACCAGUAGCUCCAAUAAUAGUAUUGGCAAUGGUAAUGGCAACGACAACAACAUGCUACUUUACCACCAGCAAUACCAUCAACAACAAACACAACAACAACGCCUGGGCAAUGUUGCUGCUCACAAUAUAAGUCCAAAUGGAAGCAAUAAUAACAUUAACACGUCGAACACCAAUAACAUUAACUUCAAUACAAUACGUCAGAAUGGAGUUGCUGCUCUUCACUAUCUUCAGGAACAAUUGCAAUUGCAACAACCGCAGGAUCAACAAUCACAGCAACAGCAGCCAUUGACUAUGCCAUCUUCGCCGCCGUUUCAACAACAAUCACGCCAAUCACACCACAAUGGCAGCAGUAGCACUCUGGGCAAUCAGUUGCUUGCCAUAAGCAACAACAAUAGCUUCAAUAAUAAUUCCAAUCAAUCCAAUAGUUUUACUGGCAAUUACAGCAACGGUAGCGCUUUUACCAGUAACGGUGCCAUUAGCGGUAGCAACUUUCCCAACAAUCCCACAAGCAGUGGGAACUUCACCAACAACUCAACAAACAGCAACCCCACAAACAGUGGACACUUUGCCAGUAAUUUGGCUGGCAGCAGCAACUUUACCAACCAUCUUUCUGGCAGCAACAAUUACACCAACAGCAACGGAAAUUUCACCAGUAAUGCAGCUAGCAGUAGCAACUUCUCCAACAAUGCAGCUAGCAGCACCAAUUACAGCAAGAACUGCAGCAGCGGCGUCGUUGGAAACAGCGAUCCCGACAGUUGUAGCAGAAAACACACCACCAACACUAAUAAUCACCACACUUCGCCGCAGCACGACUUCAGUUUUAAUAUGUCAACGACUGAACAAGAACUGCAUCAGCAGACACUCAAGUUGCAGCAGCUGCAUCUGAACAACAGCUUCAACAACACCACAGCAGCUGCAACAACUUCAGCGGCUGCAUCAACUUCCACUUCAACAACGGCAACGGCAUCAUCCACAAACUCCGCAAAUGUCGGAUUUUUAUGGCGUACAUAACCAGAGAGUUGAGAAGCGUAUGAUGAAGGCAAUCUUCAAAUUAAAGAUUAUAUAUAAAAAGCUUAUAUAUAUAAAACUAUGAAUACCUUAUAUUGAUCAUCGUAGUAUCAGCAUUCAUCGAAACCAUAUACAACAACUGAAACUUUUAUGUUCUCAAACCACAAGAAUUAAUUUACUACUUUUUUUUUUUUUGUAUGUUCCUCACUUUAACCCAUAUGUUGUAGUUGGUUUUUUGUGCUUUUUUUUUGGGAGGAAUCCUGUUGUAACUAGCUCUAAGGCAAGACACGUAUAUGUAUACAAAUCAUAAAUAAUUAUAUAUAUAUACAUAUAUAUAUAUAUAUAUAUAAAGAAUGAAAAAUCGACGAAGAUUUUUUUUUUGCUUAAACUUAGAGAAAAAACCUAUGAGAAAUACAUUUUUUUGUCACAUAUUUAUAACGUAUAAUCAUAACGAAAACGACAAAAUAUAUUAUACAAACACACAUAUAUAUCUAUACUAUAUAACAUACUUAUAGGCGUGAUGAAAUAAGCUCCGAUUGUUUUUUUUUUUUCUGUCUGAAACUGAUUUUUUUGGCGCGAACUAUGCCGCAACAAUGUACACGGUCAUCGUGUAUGUUUAUAGCUGAAGUUAAUCCAGAUAUAUGAAUAUAUAUAUUAUUUUUUUUCAUAAUUUAUAAAUCCAAUUUUUUUGUCUAUAUUAUACGUAACGAAACGGCUAAAAUGACUGGACAUGCUCAAGUUUUCAGGCUGUUUAUUCAUAACAUAUAAAACGAAAACAUACAACUUAGCUAGCAGUAUGCUUGAGUAGGCGAAGGAGAAAGAGAAUCAGACAAAAUUACAAUACAAACCCAAUUUUUUUCAUAGCUAUAAUGAAUAUGUUUUUUUUUUUUUAAUAAGUAUAAAAACUUUUCUUGAAAUCCAUUUUUUUUUAUUAGUUUAAUUAACGAAACAACUUGAGCAUGUAACAGCAAGAAAAACAAAAGUAACAUUCAAAAAGCGACUAACAAAGAAACGUGAUAAAUAGCCCGUCAAAACGAAAAUCAGAGGAAACCGAAUGGGAAAGGUAAAAGAAAAAAAUAGAGACACAAUCGAAAGUAACGAAAGAGAAACACGUCAAAUCACAGGAGUGACUUGGUUUGAUUGCCUAAAAAACGCAUGGAUAACGUUUUAACUUUUAAUUUGCCUAACACACUUUUCGAAAUUCUAAAUUGGCCAGUCACUCCUUCUGCAGGCAAAAAAUAUUUUUUCGGUGUAGGUACAUAAGUAAAUGAAACAGAAACAUUAUUUUGUUACUACAAUAUAUGCGAUGAUCCUUUUUUGCAAAAUUCUAUCAAUACUUUUAUGAAUAUACUUUUAUAAUCAAACAAAAAAUUGUGAAAAAAUUUUAAUUUGUUAAAAAACAGAAGAAAAAAUCAGAAUUUCAAUUUUAUUUUAUUAUUUUAUUACCAUGGCUUAAAACAAAUCAUACAAGGAAAUAAGAAAAACCAUUAUUUAAGGAAACUUAAUAAACAUUUUCGACACAAACCACACUACCCCUGAGUUUUCUUUUUUAUUUAAACCUAUGAUUAAGAUUAAAAAAUAUUUCGUUUUCCCCCAGUUUGUGUGACACAUAAGUCAACGAAUUAAGAGUAACAAACAACAAUUAGAUUUAAGCGAAACAUGCAGAAGGAAAAGUUAAGCUGCAGACACACAGUAAACACAUACAGCUUGGUUGUGCUGAAUACUAAAUAUAACGAUUCAAAAACAUUAACAAAUUAGAUCCGACAGUGCGUACGUACGUAGCGAAUGCAAACAAUUGUACACAAAAGCGAAAGCGAAUAUUUGAAUCACUAUGUAAGCGACAUUCAUUCUAAAGCCAUCCAGUCGGGAAGGCGGCGUCGAACUCACUUAAAUCGAAUGCAAAUAGUCUCAACCAAAGUAGCCUUAGUGAGUAAGCGGAUAUAUACAUAACGAAUAUCGGAUUAAUCGGAAGGAGAACUCAUACAAUGCAUAUGGCACCUUAGCAUGCUGUGUCGAUUGUCUCGUGUAACUAGAUUAAGUCAAUGCAAACCAAAAGUAAAUAUUAAUUAUUUUUUUUUUCUUGGAUAGCGAAAUGAGAAAAUAUUUUUUGUGACUAUUUUUUGAGCAUGUGACGUAAGGCAAAUCAUAAACGAACUUGAUUUUUUUUUUAAUGAGACAGUUUUUUUCUUGUAAUUCUUUUUAGAACAUUUUUUUCUUUACUCAUAAGAAGCCAAGCUAAUUUUGUUGUAAUACCGAGACCGAAAUGUAGGCGCAGCAACUGAAUAGAAUUUUUUUUUGGUAAUUUUAAUAACUAACGUUGUAGAACAAGGUAACCUCACAGAAAACCUAAUCGCAAAUACAUUUAAAAUGUUGUUCAAUAAUAACUUAAAGCAUGAAAAGUGUUAAGUAACGGAAUAUAUAUUAUACAUUUUUUUAUAUCGAAGUAAAUGUGUCUAGAAGGUAAAAUAAUCUUUUUAUAAAGAAAAAAACAAAAUACCAGAAAUAUGCAUACAAUUUUUUUUUCUAGCAUAAGACAAAGCGUUUUUUAUAUAAACAUAUUAUACAAGAAAACCAAAAAAAAAAAAAAACAAACAAAAAACUAACUAACAAACGACUUGAAAAGAACCUCAACCAAGCGGAGAUUAUGGAGACCCCAGAUAUAGGUUCAGAUUCAGAUAGAUUUAUUCUUUUUCUGCUUCCGUUGAUGGAGCGAUCGAAGUUAGGCAGAUAUAGGCGCUUUAUCCUAUGAAACUUUUUGGUAUUAUUUCGUGGUUUCAAUUUCGACCAUCUAUCUGCUCUAUUCCCUUUAGCCUUUACCCAAAUGUAGUGCCCCUCGUAGCGCUCAUCUUUCAUCUAAAAAAAUACAAAAAAAAUUAACAAAAAAAAAAAAACACACCGACAAAAUAUAUACAAUUCAAAGAAUACAAAAAUGAGACAUACAUAGAUUUAAAAGUAAUGGCAACUACCAGGAGGAGAAGAUACGACCGCCCGUAGAGGUGAAGUCAUUUUUUUUUUUGCAUAGUGAGAUUAGCACUAGAUCGGAUGGCGAUGAUUGUAUUUGAAACGUGAACUGCCCUAUGAAAGAUUUUUUAAAAACCGAACACCAACUUAGACGACAGAAAAAAAAAAAAAAAAACAAUAAAAUACAGAUUAGGUACGGAAGAAGAAAAUCGAAAAGAAAGAAUACUAUAAAAUGCCUACAAAUAAAUGCAUACCUAAAAGCAAUAUACAUACAUACAUUCAUAAAUAGAACAAGUUUAGUGGAACAAAACAACAGUUUAAAUAGCAAGCAACAAACAAAGGGAAUAUAUUCGACAAAACAAUUAUAUUAACUAUACCGUAUACAAAACGUACAUACAUAUAUAUAUAUAUAUAUAUUAUAAAUAUUAAGCCCCGAGCGGAAAUUUUUUUGAAAUAACUAAAUAUUUAAAAGUAAUAACGUAAUGUAACGUAACAUACCGAUUAAACGACACACACACAGACAGCAGACAGACUCGUAAAAUGUUCGUAGUCCGUAAAACUACACAAGAAAAUGGGAAAACCAAUAAGAAAAACUUGAAUUUUAACUCGUUUAUACAAAAACACAUAUAUACAUAUAUUAAACUAGCAGCUAAUUGUUGUACUUAAGAAUGUCACAUUACAAGAAGAGCAAAUAAACGAAAGAACAUUUAAAAUUCAAACAGAACGC